AUCUCAGGCAGUGAAACCAGUGGAUUUUUCGCCUCGGACGAAAACAGAAGAGCUCCGUCUUCCCAGGACUCAGCUGGACGGUCCGAGAGAGUCGAGGGGAACCAGACGAGGAGAGCAAACCGGUAGAUGUGAGGGAGAGCCGGACGAUGUCGAAGCACCCGAGAGUUGUCCACAAGAGGAGGGAGACGAUCACGGCUCUGCCUCUCUACUACUCUGGAAACCUGCUGAAGAAGAGCGCCAAAGAAAAGGAUUUCCAGCACUUCUACGGAGAGCUCAGGGGAUCAACGCUGUUUCUGUACAACAAUGACACCCAAGACACAUAUUCAGAAAGGCUGGAGCUGGAGCUGCUAAAGUCCAUGGAGUUGGAGUCUCCUUAUAAAAAGAAGGUGCCCACCAUUUUCACCUUAGCUCUGCCCCAAGAGGAGGUGCAGUUAAAGAUGGACAAUGCUGACACAGGAGAGGAAUGGAGAGGCUACAUUCUAACUGUGGUUAAUAAAGAGAUUCCCAGAAACCUCCAAAUGCUGCCUGGUCAGAAAAUGAAGCUGGAAGAGAUGUUGACUCUGGAAAAGAAACGAUCCCCCCAGCUGGAGCGCCCUGCCCUUCCACCCCGCCCGGGCUUCCUGCAGUCCAAACAACCUCCGCUGCCUGACAUGCCCAUCUGUUACUUCAACGUGACUCGACAGGAGGCGGAGAAGAUGCUCGAGAAGAACCCCGAGAAUGGAAACAUCAUCCUCCGCCCAUCCACCAUUCCCAAGAACUACGCUCUGACGCUCAGACAAAAGACGGCCAGUGGGCCUGUCAUGAAGAACUACAGGGUGACCUACACAAGCUCUGGCUUCGUGAUUGAGCUGGAGACUCCAAUGACCGUCCGCUCACUGAACGAUGUACUGAAGUACUUCCUGGAGAAGACCGAGUACCGCCUCCGCCCCUACGUCGUCUCUCAGCCCUACGACACCCGGAUAGUGAUGUCGCCUCCCCCAAAGUGUGUGAGCCUCCCGCAACCUACAGUCCCCAGAGCCCAGGUGGCGCCCAUGCAGCGCUCCCAGACCAAGGACAAGGAUCUUCCACCUUUGCCCAAGCCUGAUGAGGGAGAAUAUGUGAUCCCCGAAGACCACCUCCCAGAUGAGUACAUGAUGAAGAAAGCUGCGCAGGUGGCCAAUGAGCUGGAGGCAGUUCUACAACUGAGGAAACAAGAAAACGCCUACAUAGAAACCGGCAAGGACGAAGAACCCACCUACCAGAACGGAGGCUGUGAAAAACCCAAGACGAUCCGGUGGUCAAACGUUCACAUGACAUGAACUUGAAAAUCCUGCCAAUCUUAACGUCAGACUCAUACGUGGCUCGUAUUUUACGCGUUUCCCCGUGAUCAUUUGACUCGAGUUCUGCCACCACACGUUUUUCUGUGGGGAUAUUAAAUAUGUACAGUGUGUAAAUCAGAAAUAAAUGAGAUCUUAGUUAAUUAUAGGAAAGGUAGAAAUUGUGUGGGUGCCAUUGGAUGUCUUUCUUCAAACACUGUCUAGAAUUCAAAACAGCAAAGCAGCAAUAUAAACAGAAGUUUGGGUUAACGUAUUUUCCUAGGUACUGUUUUUUUAUGACAAAAUUACAAACCAUUUGUUUAAAAUAAAUUUGUAAUUAAAUGAUUAUUGAAAAAUGUAUCAAAGACUACAACCGUCUUUAAAGUAACAUCUAAAAUCCACAGAUCAGACGGUCUCAGAUGGAGAGUUAGAAAGCCAGGGCAGAAGGGAGUAAAUUUGCUAAAAACUUUGAGGUUUUUGGUUCUUCUGAGGCCUUUUGACUUUAUCUCAGUCAGACAAAAUGAAAGCCUAACAGAGGUCGGCGCUUGUGCUUUGCUCUGAUCAGAAAGGUUUUUGCACAAUUUAAAGAAAGAACGUGUUUAAGCUUCAGCUGCGUGUAUUAAAGGUUCAUCUCUUCAUUUUAUAUCAUCUAUGCACUCAAUGUCGUUUACAUGUGAACCCCCAUAAAGCUGCAGAUCUCUCUGCCCUCGAUGCUGUUUUAUUAAAAGCUUCUGGUGUGGAAAUGGCCAGACGAACUACGAAGAGCUGACUGAAGAAGUCUGAAAUGGCAAAACCGAGAAACAGUAAAAACGAACAAUGUUUUAAAAAAAAAAUCGUUUUUGUUUAAUGUCUCUUUAGUGUUUGAGGAAAUGUCAAAUAUUUUAACUUUUUGCUAUUGUGUUUUGCACCACCAGGCCUCCGUACUGUUCAAGUCCAAAAGUCGCACUGUUAUAACAUUUCUAUUUUUUGUUGCAUUUUCUGAAACUGUGCCCUGAUGUCAAGGGAUUGUCGGCUAGCCACCACUUUGACAGAGCUGAACGAAUAAAAAAAAAAUACAUAAGGAAACUGCAAACAUGUAAAAUAUUUUAAUGCACGUUGAAAACAGAAGACCAUAAUUCAGGAUGAUCUUUAUUCUUUAUUUUUUUUUUCUUCACACUUAGGAGUAAGCCAACAUAAUAUGUUUAGAAGUUUUUUAUUCCAUUAUGUUUUAAUGUUUUUACUUUCAAUGUAGUGAAUCAUAUAAGCUUAAGGAUCAUUCGUCACUCAAAGAACAGCACGACUGUGAAAAAUACUCAAUAAAAAAAGAAAAGAAAAAAAA